UUGACGGUGGACACAUGCCUGUUGGAGCAGUGGCACCGCAGUUGUGAAUUAAAUUAUUGAACUCUAACCAACCCCUGAUAGUCCCGCAGAAUGAAGGACACGCCGCUGUCUAACUGUGAGCGGGAUUUCUUGCUGAAAGCCAUCGCAGAGAAAAAGCGCCUGGAUGGACGACAGACCUACGACUACAGAAAGAUCAAGAUCACAUUUGGGACUGACUAUGGAUGCUGCUUUGUAGAGCUUGGGAAAACCAGGGUCAUGGCCCAGGUGUCGUGUGAGCUGGUGCCUCCUAAAGAGAGUCGGCCAAACGAGGGAAUCAUGUUCUUCAACAUCGAGCUGUCGCCCAUGGCCUCGCCAGCAUUUGAGCAGGGCAGACAGUCUGAGUUGUCAGUGAAGCUAAACAGACAGCUGGAGAGAUGCUUGAGGAACUCCAAGUGCAUUGAUACUGAGUCCCUGUGUGUGGUGUCUGGAGAAAAGGUGUGGCAGAUCAGAGUGGACGUUCACAUGUUGAAUCACGACGGGAACCUGAUGGAUGCUGCCAGCAUUGCUGCCAUCACCGCUCUGUGCCACUUCAGACGGCCUGACGUCGCCAUCCAGGGGGAUGAAGUCACAGUGUACAGUCCAGAGGAGAGAGACCCCAUUCCUCUGAGUAUCUACCACAUGCCCAUCAGUGUCAGCUUCUCCUUCUUCCAACAAGGGACUUACCUGCUGGUGGACCCCUCUGAGCGGGAGGAGCGGGUGAUGGAUGGCUUGCUGAUGAUCGCCAUGAACAAACACAGAGAAAUCUGCUCCAUCCAGUCCAGCGGGGGCAUCAUGUUGCUUAAAGAGCAGGUUAUGAGAUGCAGUAAAAUAGCCAGCGUCAAGGUGUCUGAAAUCACAGAACUCAUCAACAAAGCCCUGGAGAAUGACAAGAAAGCAAGAAAAGCAGGUGGCAGGUGUGGUUUUGCGGAGUCUAUGCCUCAGGAGCGAAUCACAGCACUAAAAACGGACGAGACUCCAGUGGAGAUGACAGAUGUGUCAGAUAGAGCCAAAGACGUCGUUCAGAAAGCCGAGGCCCUGCCUCACACUGUGCCUUCCCCUGUGGUGCCCGUCCCAGGUGUGGGUCAGGUAGGGCAGGGGCUACAGAGCACCUGGGGACUGGAGGAGGAGGAGGAGGAGGAAGAGGAAGAUGAUGACAACAGUGGUGAAGAACAGGAGGAAAAAGUAUCACAGAUGGAAGAGGAACUGCAUGAAAAGGAGGAGAGCAGAGGAGGAGAUGUGGUUGAGAUAUCUGACAGUGAAGAGGAGGAAGUGGUCAUUCUUCAUCCGGAGACACCAGCUGCCAAAAGUGCAGGACUCAGCACCCGCCAGAAGGGGGCAGCAACAUCAAAGAAAAGACAGAAAAAAUGAACUCCGCUUGAGCAGUAAGAGAUCUACAUAUGUACAGCAGAGUGAGCGACUGCAGCACCUCUUCAUAAUAAAGACUCCUGUCCUGGCUAAACUGAUUCCCUCAUGCUAUAGCUGACAAUUGGGAUCAAACUGAUGUUACAGUACUGAGACACAUCCCAGUGUUGGCUUCUUACUCGCAGAACAUGAAGUUUACUUCUUGCUUGUAGCCAUUCAGAUCCAUUUAGAAACAGACCAUGCUUACAAAUGUACAAAAAAUAAGUUGUAACUUUGUUCUUGUUUUUUACGAUGAAAGGAUGUCAGAUGUUUUUGAUAGGUGUGAUUAAAGAAAAUCUUCUCAGCCACGAUUGGAUGUUUGCAGACGUUUACAUCUCAGUUUGAACAAUUAUAUAUUUUUCGAAGGAAAAAUCUGAUCUGUGGGGGUGAGUGUAACCGAAAUAAAA